ACGCCCCCCCCCCCCCCCCCCAACCGUCCUUUCCGCCGCCGCCGCCGCCGCCGUCGCCGUGUUGUAAAACCCCGACCGGAUAGAGAUGACGCCGCCGGCGGACACCGCGCCGACGGAGCAGGAGCUGGAGGUGGCUCGGAUACUUCGCAAGUUCCCGAAGCUCGUCCUCGAGGCCGAGGCCCGCCGCCUCCCCGAUUUCCUCCGCUGGGGCGCCCGCCGCCGCCGAACGGCCCUCGGCGAUGACGACUCCCUUCUCCGCCUCCCCCCUCCUCCUCCUGCUCCUAUUUCCCCUCCUCCCGAUGGAAACGAGGAGACGAAGGACGGCCCCCGCGGCGGCGGGGCCACCUCCAGCCCCGCGACCCCGCUCUCCUUCCCGGCGAGCGGCGGCGAGGAGCCCGACUCCCGACGGCCGCGGCCGUCCUGCUCUUCCCUGAAGGCUUUCAAGAACCCCAAGCAGCACAAGGAGUGGGUCAAGGAACAGAGCCAGUUGAUCGCCUCGUUAUCCGAGCAAAAAGUCGAUCUCCAGCGCUCAAUAGCGGAGUACAACGCCCUCUACGAGAAAUUACAAGCAAGACAUUCUUGGCUGAAAGACCUGCAAUCCAAGGUAGCACGGGAGGCGAUGGAAGAGGUAGGGCAGAGACGGACGCAGCGCCAAGACGGCAGCUUCGGGCCGGCCCCGCCGGGCCCCACCACCCUCCAAUCGCCAGCCGCGCGUUCCAUGGUGGACCCCCACCACCGCGCCUAUUGGUCGGAGAUGGGCCGCGCGGCCCUUCCGCCGCCGCCGGUAUAUCGGGCUGCCGUCCGGGGGAACCCGGCGCCGCCGCCGCCGGCGGAGAGGUGUGCGUCGUUGGACCUGAACGCGAGGCCGGAGGAGGAGGAGUGGGAGCAGCUGCAGAGCAGCGCGUACAAGGCGGCGAUGUCAGCGCAGGCGAGGAAGAGGAGGCUGGAGAUACAGCGGGAGAAGAACUCCUACUCUUCUUCUUCUACUUUGUUUUCUAGGACUCAUAAGAUGCCACGAUUGAGCUGAUAACUUUUUGCUUCCCCCCCACCCAAAAAAAAAACUUUUUUUGGGCAUUAAUUGUUUUGUUCUUUUAAUCUUUAGCCUUUUCAACUACUGAGAGGAGAGGAAGUGGGUGGGAUUUUGGCUUCCUUGCAGGGAGGAGGGGUGGGAAUUGUAACAUAUGGUUUGAUUGGAUAUGGAUAUGGGAACGGUCCCCGAAAUUCUGGUGGGCCCGCAAUGUAUUUGUUUGCAUAGCCGGUUUCUUUUA